AAGACUGCAUUGAGAAUAUGACACCGCCUGCCAGUAAUAACAAAUAAAGAAUUGCACAGUGUCCUCAACUACCUCAACACAAUUCGCUGCAUGGUUAGAUUAUUAAGGUUAACAUAUUCGUGUAUUUAUGGAAGCUGUUAGUAAUAUUUAAACAGUUUCCUAGCUGCUUUAGGUUCAAUUACAUAGACAGUUGAGGAACCAAUUCCAAAUUUGUCUAGUGUAUAAAUUUGUGCCAAGACUUCCACUUCUAGCCUAAACAGGUUGGGAUACUUGUAUUGUCUACUGUACAACUGAAAAGAAGAAAAAUAAUUCAGUUAUACACAACAAGUACUGUUACAAAUUUCAAUAUAGUCUAACCAACAAUGGCUCCCAAGAAAGGUAAAGCUUCUAAAAAAGAUGACUUUGAAGAUGAUGACAGUGUUACAGAAUCAAAAACACAAAAGCCAUCAAUUAAAAAGAAAAGUAAAACUAAAAAGGUGGAUGACUCAAGUGAUGAACUAAAUAAUGAGCUUAAUAAUGUAGAUUCCGAUAAUGAUAAUCACGCUUCAAAACAGACAAAAAAAGACAAAAAGAAACAGAAAAACAAGGGCAAAGAUGAAGCUGAUUUAGAUAAACCGAAAGAUAACUCGGAUACUCAAUCUACCAGUAAGUCUUCAACAACAAAACCAGCUGCUGCAAAAAAGAAACAGAAAGGAAAGGGGAAGGGUCAAGACUGGGAUAGUGAUAAAGAGCCUGAUAUAGAUUUAUUAAAUCAAAAAGAUAGUGAUUCUGAGGACUAUGACGUUAAACCCAAAACUUCAUUGGCGUCAAAGAAACAGAAGAAGAAAACAAAAGUUAUGAAGAAAGUAGAGAGUGAAGAAGACUCUGGAGCUGAAAGUGCAGGUAGUGAUAUUGACAGUUUAUCUGAAGGUAUUUCCGGAAUGGAUGUAAAUUCCACUUCUAAAAAUAAUGAAUUAAGUUCCAGCAAUUCUCAAGAGAAAUUGCAAGAAAACUUGGCAAAUUCAGAAAAAUCACAAGUUAAAAAGACUACCUCUGAGGACUCAAUAAAUGAUUCAGUUGAAAAAGAUAAUAAGGAUGAAAUUGAAGACCCAGUUGCUAAUGGUGAACCCACUGUAGAUAGCCAGAAGAAAAUGACACAUAAAGAGAAAAAGAAAUUGAAGAAAGAGAUGGAGUAUAAAAAACAAGUGGAGUUUUUAACCAAGAAAGGUGGCCAAGGUCAUAGUGAGCUUGGAGAUAACUUCACAGUCUCCCAAUCCCAGAAGACAGCAGGUCAGCUGCAAGCCUUGGAGAAUGCUGUAGAUAUUAAAAUUGAGAACUUCAGCAUUUCGGCCAAAGGCAAUGACCUGUUUGUUAAUGCCACUUUGCUAAUUGCUCAUGGCCGACGAUACGGGCUUGUUGGCCCUAAUGGCCAUGGAAAGACCACACUUUUGAGACACAUUGAGAACAGAGCAUUUGCAAUACCGCCUAACAUAGACAUCCUAUACUGUGAACAAGAAGUGGUAGCAGACGACUUGUCGGCAGUAGAGUCUGUCCUGAAAGCGGAUGUCAAAAGAACCGAACUGUUGGCUGAAUGCAAGAAGCUGGAAGGGGAGCAGGAAAAGGGGAAUACGUCUGAAGCUGUUCAAGAGCGGUUGAAAGAGGUCUAUGAGGAACUAAAGGCAAUAGGAGCAGAUUCAGCUGAGCCACGUGCAAGGAGGAUUCUUGCUGGUCUUGGAUUUUCAAGAUCAAUGCAGGAUCGACCCACUAAGAGUUUCUCUGGAGGAUGGCGAAUGAGAGUAUCUUUAGCUAGAGCUCUUUUCCUAGAACCAACACUGUUGUUACUGGAUGAACCGACAAACCAUCUAGAUCUGAAUGCUGUUAUUUGGUUGGAUAACUACCUCCAGGGCUGGAAAAAGACUCUCUUAAUUGUCUCUCACGACCAGAGCUUUUUAGACAAUGUGUGUAAUGAGAUAAUCCACCUGGAUCAACAGAAACUUCAUUAUUAUAAGGGCAACUAUAGCAUGUUCAAAAAAAUGUAUGUCCAGAAGCGGAAAGAGAUGAACAAGGAAUAUGAAAAGCAGGAGAAACGUAUUAAGGAAUUAAAAGCGCAUGGGCAGUCCAAGAAACAGGCAGAGAAGAAGACAAAGGAAGCUCUUACCAGAAAACAAGAGAAGAAUCGUAGCAGUAAAACUCAGAAGAAUGAGGAAGAUCGAGCACCCCCAGAGUUGUUGCAGAAACCAAAAGAUUAUAUUGUGAAGUUCUCUUUUCCUGAUCCUCCUCCAUUGCAACCACCAAUUUUGGGUUUGCACAAUGUAACUUUUGCCUACAGUGGCCAGAAACCACUUUUUAUCAAUUGUGAUUUCGGAAUCGAUUUGUCUUCACGGGUGGCCAUUGUAGGCCCCAAUGGUGUGGGAAAAUCUACUUUCUUAAAUCUUCUCACGGGAGAUCUCACCCCCCUACAAGGAGAUCAUAGAAAGAAUCAUCGCUUGCGGAUUGGAAAGUUCGACCAGCAUUCAGGUGAACAUCUGACAGCAGAAGAGACACCGUCUGAAUACCUUAUGAGGUUGUUUGAUCUACCUUAUGAAAAGGCACGAAAGCAACUUGGCACAUUUGGUCUAGUCAGUCAUGCCCAUACGAUCAAGAUGAAGGAUCUUUCAGGUGGACAGAAAGCUAGAGUAGCUCUCGCCGAGCUCUGUCUCAAUGCUCCUGAUGUUGUUAUCCUUGAUGAACCGACAAACAAUUUGGAUAUCGAAUCGAUUGAUGCGCUCGCUGAUGCAAUUAAUGAAUACAAAGGUGGUGUUAUUAUUGUUUCUCACGACGAACGGCUGAUACGAGAGACGGACUGUACCCUUUGGGUGAUUGAGGACCAAACAAUCAACGAGGUGGAUGGAGAUUUUGAUGAUUAUCGAAAGGAGUUGCUGGAGAGUCUUGGAGAAGUAAUCAACAACCCAAGUAUAGCAGCCAAUCAAGCUGUACAGCAAUAGGAGCUCCUAAACAUAAUAUCUUCAUUGGGAAAACAUCAAGACUUUGUUAUCGUCAACAGAGUUCCACAAUAGAUUCCUGGGAACACUUUUCAAUUUGUUGUUAACAUAUUUAUAUUAUUUCAAUCAUAGUUAGAAAACCAUGUUUAUUUUGAAAUUAUUUAUGAAUAAUUAUUGUUUAACACAAAAGUAUCAGGAACCAGAGUAUAUCUGUAUUUGAACUUUGAACAGAUAAUUUGAAGGUUAUUCAAGUAUCAAAUAUCUUUUUCAGUUACUUUUCUUAGUGAUCCCUUAAAAUAAAAUUGUGUAAUGUAUUUAAAUGAUAUUGUUAUGAACAAAGUUAUGAACUAUUCAUAUUUUAUUAGUUCCAGAAUUCAAGACUACAAUUAUAAUUUUGUGUUGUUUGUGAAUAUUUGCCAUUGUACAGUAAUAUUGUUGAUCAUUACAAAUUAUAUUGCUGAAAUUAAAAAUAUUUAGAUCGAGGAAAACAUUUUUAAAAUACAUUGGAAAAAAUCUUUCCUUUAAAGUUUGAGAUAACUAAACAUGAAAAUUCUUUCGGAACGUAAUAAUCCAAGUUUCAAAUUAUAAGAAAGUUCAACUUUAUUAAGGUGUAAAAAUACAAGCUUUUUCUGAAGUUUUAUCAGCUGAUUUUGGUAGCCUAUGCUAUCAUCAAUCAAACUCUAAUGUCAAAUAUCCAUAGGAAAUAUCAACUAUCAACUAAAGUUCUUCUUGUGGCAGUAAUUAUAAUGCCCUAAACAAAAAACCUAGGGUGUCUCAUUGUUUUCUCCUAAUUAAACAAAAAUGAGUCAUCAUCUGAACUUCUUGAAUUAUGUAUUAUUAUAGCAGAUCAUAAAUUGAUUAAUAAAUAAUUGUAAAUAGUUUAAACAAGUUCAAUGGGUCUUGUACUGGACUUGCAUGUAAGCAGUGCAAAUGAAAGUAAUCUUACUAUAUACAAAAAUGCCUAAUAAACAAUCCUUUUAAGUAUGGUGUACAGACAUAGUCAAUUUUUGAUUUCAUAUUUAUUUGGUUUUAUGGGUUACCUGCCUAUAAGUACACUUUACGCGUAUAACCUAUGUGGAACACUGACAUUGAGCAAAAGUGAAUAAAUUUGUUAAGCCCGCUUGACAUGGCAGUAAUUAAUAAAUAUAUAAAAUGAAACGAACAAAAAUUAAUAUAAUAUAAGCUGCUUCUCCAACAGAUUAAUAAAACUGUAAGACUAUAUAAGCCGUGUGAACCCAUGACUGGAAAAUCUUAGUUUAGUUAAAUAAAAUCUAUGUUAUAAUACAGUAAAUAUUUAUGUUUAAAGUAUAAAAAAUUGAGCUUGCUAUAAUGCGUAACAUUAUGAAACAUUUCAUUGAAAAAUUGAAUCCAUACAAAGUGUUCCAUAACAGUUUUUGUAAGCCAUGAUUUAUUUUAAUUACAAGCCUCCCGUAGUGUUUUCAUUUGGCUGAUUUUGUUCAUGAUCAAAGAAACAAAUAUUUUAGAAAUAAAAACUGUUGAAAUUUGGUUUUAUCUUUAAAACUAUAACAUAUGUAUAUAUUUUUAAAAGAGAAUGUUGUAAUUUUAAAGAUCAAACCAAAUAUUGUGUACAUUUUGUAUUGGCUACAUUUAAAAUCUUAAACCAUGAAUUUUUUGUAUUCUAAUAUUUAUGAAUUGUGUCAUGGUACAGACCACAAAAGGUGUUUUUAAAUCUACCUAAAAUUAUAUUGCUUACUAUUAUGUUUAGUUUUAUCACUGAAUAACUUGUUUUAUAGUUUAAUAUUCAAGUUUUCUUAUUACUAUUUACAAAUUUUAUUCAUAGCUAAUGUUUUCUAAUUUUCAUGAUAGUCCCCCAUCUUUAAUAUGUUGUAUUUUUCUUUAACUCUAUAAAAGUCAGAAAGUAUGAAUAAUUCUUCUCUUUUCUUCUCCAAGCAAACAUAUUAUACAAUUUGUAAACAUUGUUACUAUUGUGAAAAUGUCCUUGCAUCAUGGAUGUUGUUUUAGAUAUAUUACCAUUUCGGUGGUGUGUUUCUGUACAGCUCUUAGAAAAUUGUAAAUUUAAAAAGUGUCAAAAUAGAAAAAUUGUUGUUUUAUAUAAGUUAAUUUUAUAUUUCCUGUUUAUUUUUCUAUCUUAUUAUGGGUUUGGCAUUUUUUAAUUUUAAUAAAUAGAUCUGCGGAUAUUACUAACCAUUUGUACUCAGAGUUGGCUUGUUGUAAAUUGACGUAAAUAAUAAAAAUCAUCACAGUU